AUGGCCAAAGGUCUUUCUGGACAAAAAAAUGAUAGAAAUCUGGAGACCAUUACACACAGAAGCAUCCCGGCCAACGCUCCUAUUAAGAUUUGCUUCCUUUGCGCAUCUUCAUUAAGGUCCGCAACAGGCUUGAUUGAGCGGAUCUGUGAUAUGGUAGAGAGGAUCCUAGCGACGUCCCCCAAGAAGAGCAAAGCCAGCAAGGCAGCGGAGAAGGCAGAAGACAGUGAGGAACAGGCACAAGAAAUUGUGGAUCUCACUUCAGAGGCCAAGAAGCCGGUAAAGGCACAGAAGAAAAAUACAACUAUUCGUCAGCGCAGCAAGUCUAUAGCCGCAUUCCCUGCAAGCUCUACCGUCUCAGAUUUUGCACUACAGGAGUCAUUUAAGGAAUCGCCCAAGAAACUCGAAGGAACUCCCAGGAAGUUACAAUCCCGACUUCUUGAAGAUAAUCUCGACGAUUCCGUUAAGCUAACGCCAGCUAAAAAUGUUUCGUCCACAAAGAAGGUUUUCCUAAAUCUAUUUGGCAACGGAGAUAACGAUGCCAUUGAACUGCAGACAGAGAGCGAGGAUGAUGAAACCGGUGGCGAAGCACCCAUUGCAGUCAAUACUAAUAGAUUCCAGUGCUCAUUAUGCGAGUUCCAGGCAAAGUAUCCCAAUCCCUUCAAGGAUCACUUGCAAAAAGUACAUGGCCAGCAGCGACCUCGCAUAUACCCCUGUCCCCUUUGUACCAAGAACUUUGGAGUGCUUAAGACACUUAAAGAUCAUUUGAAGGUUGUUCACUCACGCACUUUGGAACCGGAGGCCAAGGCCAAGACGAAGGAUAACAAGAAAAAAGAGGCUAAGUCUGAGGAGAAGCAGAUAGAAGAACCAAAGCCAAAAGAGCCCAAAACUAAGACCCCGAAUGAUGAACCAAAGGAAGUAUUGUCUAAGCCAAAAAAGACAGAAGACAAAAAAAAGAUCAAGUCGAAGGAUACGCAAAAAGAGGGCAAUUCAGCAGAGGAACAAGAUGUGAAUAAAGCUAAGUUAGCUAACAAAGAAAACGCAGACGCGACACAGGAGCCUAAAGUCGCUUCAUUUAAAGCCCUUAAUGAGUCCAUAAUAAAAAAGAAAUUGUUAGAAAACGUAAUAGACUCUGAUUACACAUUCGCCGUCAACGGUUCCAGUGCUUCUACUCCAAGAGCCGAGUCCUCCGAUUUUCAGUGCGAGAUUUGCGAUUGCGUGCUGCCAGUGGCCAAACAGAUGCAGGAGCACAUGAAGCUCGCACAUAAUAUAGAUAAGCCAAAGGUAUUCAAGUGCCAAGUUUGCGAGAAGAGCCUAGCUACUAAACAGUCGCUUAAAACGCACAUGACUAUUCAUAAUGAUAGUGCUGAGGUGGGCAAGUCCAGCAAGCGAAAGAUUCUGCAAGAUGAAGAUGAUGUCGACAACAUUGAGAUAAGUUUUCAGGAAACUGACAACACUGUCGAUGACGAGGACGACGAGCCUAAGGAAGAAACAAUAAUUCGAGAGAAAUCUAAGAAGGAUACUUCCUUAAAAACUCUGCAGUCCCAGGAUGAAGGGGUCAUGCCAGCACCUCUGUCACCUGCUAAGAAGGCUAAAAAGGCAAAAACCAGCUUGCUAGACAUAUCUGUGGCUACUACAAAUGGGAAAUCGCCUUCAAAGACAGAAAAACGUAGAAAGCAUAACACAUCUGAGACCUCACUCUCUACAUCUGAUGGAGGUCUAUUAGAAGAAGUAAACCACAAUGUAAAGCCGCACAAGAAGGCACGCCUAGAGUCCAUUGGCGACUCCACUGCCGACGAGUCCACUCUUAGCUGCGACCAGUGCGGGAAGUUUGUCACUUCGCGUCAACGCUUGGACGCACACAUCCAAAAAAAGCACGGCUUUCAGUUGAAGUGCCCGGCUUGCCAGAACAUCUAUAGCAACCAGCUGGAUUACGUGGGCCACUUUUCGGAGUGCUCUACCUUAGGUGGACUGCCCUGCGGAGUUUCCAAGUGCAAGAAGUUUUUCACGGAUGCCGAGUACCUGGGCUCUCACCUGCGAAAGCGUCACCAAUGGGUCUAGGAUGGAUUUUGUUUUUCAUUUCAUAACAUUUUUGUCUCUUUAGUUUUAGAUUAUAUUUUAGCAAAUGUAUCACGGUGUACAUUUAUUUGAGUUUUUUUAAGGUUUUUAUUUGACUUUUAACUGAUUUAUAACAAGUCCAUUAAAACUGGAAUGCAAUGUAUAAGAAGGUUAAAUCUUCAUUUAUGUUUGACUAUUGAUUAACUACCAUUUGAAGUUCUUUAGAGAGACAUUUGAGUUAAUAGAUAUAUUAUAAGAAAACAUACGGUUCCAAAUGUACUUAGCAUAAGUAUGUGAAUCCGUUUUAUAGCGAAACAUUAUUUUGUACUGAAAAGCGUAUUGUUAAUAAAACUGUCAAAUGACUACGAACACA